GAUCUCUUCACCCAACCCACAUAAUCCACAUGGCAAGGUAAAUUCAAUAAGCUUCAUCGUAACGCGGAAUGCCAGUUACCCUAUCCCUCUUCAUCCUACCGCUUUUAUUCUUUUAAAGCUUAAUUCCCGCUCUCAAUCUGUUUUCUUUUCUUAGAGGGCUCUAAUGUAUGGCAAGGUUAACGUGCAAAGUCACGUUUUCUACAGUACUAUGCUGCGACGGUACGGCUUUACAAUGGGAGAUCUCUGCUACGGGCUUCCUGGUAACAAUAUCUUAGCCCAUAAAGAGGUGGCCCCAAACAAUGAUUCAGGGAACCUUGAGAGAGACGGACCUGCCGGCAUAAGACUAAGGCAGUCUUGGGUAGGAAUGCUCUGCUAUGGGCUAGGCGUGCAUCAUUAUGGAACAUCGUCCGAUGCUGUCUUGAUGCACGGCCGAAACCGACCGUCGCUAAACAUGGCUGCUGGACACGCCUUCCUGCGUGCAUCAUUAUGGAACUUCGUUCGAAGCUGUCUCGAUGCACGGCCGGAAGCGACCGUCGCUAAACAUGGCUGCUGGACACGCUUUCCUAAUCGAUCCUUCUUGUCUCCACCUCCAACUUUGGUUUCCCACCCUUCGCCGUGUUUUGUCUUUUGUGGCAACGAGGGCUGCUGA